CCACACGCACAUGGGAUCCUGGAGUCGGCUGAGUCACAAAUCCUGGAAGCUCAGGGUCGGAGAGGAAACACUGCCGGCCCACGCAAGGCCUUCCUGUUUUUUGGCCCUGAAUCCUCGGAGGCAGACGCUCCAGGGCCAAAGUUCCCGGCUCAUGUUCACCUCCCCGUAUUCAGAAUCCCCACGCCCCCAGGGCCUGGGCAGGGCUGGGAGAUGUACCUGCUGCUCAGGCAGGGAAACUGAGGCUCAGAGCUAGCCCGGGACUUCACAGGAGGACAAGGCUUCGGAUGUCUUCCUGGGACCUCCGGACGGCGCCCCUUCUGAAAGGGGCCUGGAGGACUGGGUUCCAGAGGCAAUCGGGACUGCAGGCCACACGGCUCACCGCCCCGCCCCUCGCUCGCAGGUGUUACCUCCUGUCGCCCUGACCUCGCCAUGCGGACUCCGCGAGGGCCCCCUUCCUGUCCGGCCCUACUGCUCCUGCUGCUGCUCCUGGGAGGUGCCCACGGCCUCUUCCCCGAGGAGCCGCCGCCGCUCAGCGUGGCCCCGAGGGACUACCUGAAUCACUAUCCCGUGUUCGUGGGCAGUGGGCCAGGACGCCUGACCCCCUCAGAAGACGCUGAUGACCUCAACAUCCAGCGAGUUAUACGGGUCAAUAGAACGCUGUUCAUCGGGGGCAGGGACAACCUGUAUCGGGUGGAGCUGGAGCCCCCCACAUCAACGGAAAUGCGGUACCAGCGGAAGCUGACCUGGCGCUCCAACCCCAGCGACAUCAACGUGUGUCGGAUGAAGGGCAAGCAGGAGGGCGAGUGUCGAAAUUUUGUAAAGGUGCUUCUACUUCGGGACGAAUCCACUCUCUUCGUGUGUGGUUCCAAUGCCUUCAACCCCGUGUGUGCCAACUACAGCAUGGACACAUUGCAGCCCCUCGGGGACAACAUCAGCGGCAUGGCCCGCUGCCCAUACGACCCCAAACACGCCAACGUUGCCCUCUUCUCUGAAGGGAUGCUCUUCACAGCCACCGUUACCGACUUCCUCGCCAUCGAUGCCGUCAUCUACCGCAGUCUCGGGGACCGGCCCACUCUGCGCACGGUGAAACACGACUCCAAGUGGUUCAAAGAGCCAUACUUUGUCCACGCGGUGGAGUGGGGCAGCCACAUCUAUUUCUUCUUCCGGGAGAUCGCAAUGGAGUUUAACUACCUGGAGAAGGUGGUGGUGUCACGUGUGGCCCGGGUCUGCAAGAAUGACAUGGGCGGCUCUCCUCGCGUACUGGAGAAGCAGUGGACAUCAUUCCUGAAGGCGCGGCUCAACUGCUCUGUGCCAGGGGACUCUCACUUCUACUUCAACGUGCUGCAGGCUGUCACGGGCGUGGUCAGCCUGGGGGGCCGGCCCGUGGUCCUUGCUGUUUUCUCCACGCCCAGCAACAGCAUCCCCGGCUCGGCUGUCUGCGCCUUUGACAUGACACAGGUGGCUGCCGUGUUUGAGGGCCGCUUCCGUGAGCAGAAGUCCCCUGAGUCCAUCUGGACACCCGUGCCAGAGGAUCAGGUGCCACGGCCCCGGCCCGGGUGCUGUGCAGCUCCUGGCAUGCAGUACAAUGCCUCUAGCGCCUUCCCAGACGAGAUCCUCAACUUCGUCAAGACGCACCCUCUGAUGGAUGAGGCCGUGCCCUCCCUGGGCCACGCACCCUGGAUCGUUCGGACUCUGAUGCGGCACCAGCUGACACGAGUGGCUGUGGACGUGGGCGCCGGCCCCUGGGGCAACCAGACCGUUGUCUUCCUGGGGUCUGAGGCAGGCACCGUCCUCAAGUUCCUUGUCUGGCCCAACGCCAGUGCCUCGGGUACCACGGGACCCAGUGUCUUCCUGGAGGAAUUUGAGACCUACCGGCCUGACAGGUGUGGAUGGUCUGGAGAUGGCGAGACAGGGCAGCGGCUGCUGAGCCUGGAGCUGGAUGCGGCCUCAGGCGGCCUGCUGGCAGCCUUCCCCCGCUGUGUGGUCCGAGUGCCCGUGGCGCGCUGCCAGCAAUACUCAGGAUGCAUGAAGAACUGCAUUGGUAGUCAGGACCCCUACUGCGGGUGGGCCCCGGAUGGCUCCUGUGUCUUCCUGAGCCCUGGCACCAGAGCCACCUUUGAGCAGGACGUGUCUGGGACCAGCACUUCAGGUUUAGGGGACUGCACAGGACUCCUGCGCGCCAGCCUCUCGGAAGAGCGCGCUGGGCUGGUGUCAGUGAACCUGCUGGUGACGUCAUCGGUGGCGGCCUUCGUGGUGGGCGCCGUGGUGUCCGGCUUCAGCGUGGGCUGGUACGUGGGGCUCCGCGAGCGGCGCGAACUGGCCCGCCGCAAGGACAAGGAGGCCAUCCUGGCACACGGGGGUGGCGAGGCCGUGCUGAGCGUCAGCCGCCUGGGUGAGCGCCGGGCGGGCGGCCCCGGAGGCCGGGCCGGGGGCGGCGGCGGCGGGCCCGGGGGUCCCCCGGAGGCUCUGCUGGCGCCCUUGAUGCAGAACGGCUGGACCAAGGCCACGCUGCUGCAGGGCGGACCCCACGACCUGGACUCCGGGCUGCUGCCCACGCCCGAGCAGACGCCGCUGCCCCAGAAGCGCUUGCCCACCCCGCACCCGCACACCCUGGGCCCCCGCGCCUGGGAACACGGCCCCGCGCUGCUCACGGCCUCCGCCUCGUCCUCGCUCCUGCUGCUGGCCCCCGGCCGCGCUCCUGAGCCGCCCCCCGCGCCGGGCGAGCCGGCGGCCCCCGACGCCCGCCUCUUCACCGCGCGCCCGGGCCGCGCCUCCCACGGCGAUUUCCCGCUUACCCCCCACGCCAGCCCGGACCGCCGGCGGGUGGUGUCGGCGCCCACGGGCCCCUCGGACCCCAGCUCGUCCACCGACGGCUUCCCGCGGCCCUGGAGCCCGCCGCCCACAGGCAGUCUCCGGAGACCAGGCGCGCACGCCCCACCGGCCGCCGCGCUGCGCCGCACGCACACGAUCAACAGCGGCGAGGCCCGGCCCCGUGGCCGCCACGCCCGGCCGGUCACGGACUUGGCCCACCUGCUCUCCUACGGGGGCCCCGACAGGACUGCGCCCCCCGUGCUCUAGGCCGCGGCCCCACGCCUCGGCGGUGCCAGCCACGGGAACCAGGAGCGAGAGCCCGGGGCCAGCUCCCAAGUGGGUGCUCAGACCCCCAGCCCGGCCGCGCGGGGGGGGCUCCCCUCCGCCGCAGGGAAGCACAAGGAGCUCGGCCUCCCCCCCACCCCGACGCGCCCCCAGAGCCGCAGGACACUGAGGCGGUCUGCGGCGGGCAGACGGGGCGGGCGGAAUGUGCUAUGGAUUUGAGGUUGACCUUCUGCGCGUGGAUUUUGGUUUGUUUUCCAAUUUGCGUUUCUUUUGCAGUUUUCUAAACCAAUUGCACAACUCCGUUCUCGGGGUGGCGGCCGAGGGGCGGGGGGGUGGCGCUUGGAGGUGGUGGGAAUGGGGCGAGGAGCGCACCUGCAGACCCAAGCUCCUCCCCCAACCCAACCACCCAAAGGCGCCCUCCUCCACCCGGCCCCUGGCGUGUGUGGGUGUGUGUGUGUGUGUGCAUGCCGUGUCCGUGUGCAAGGGGCCAGGCAGGGGAGGGAGGCGUGCGUGUGUGCCUGCAGGCUGCUGCUGCGUGUGUGUGGCGAUGGCCACGCGCAGUGUGCGUGUCUGUGUGUGAGCGCGGAGGUCCCAGCGGCCUGGGCGUUGGCUGAGCCGACGCCGGGGCUUCCAGAGGGCCGGGGGCCUCCGUGGUGCCGGUUAGGAGUUCGAGGGGAGGUCCGGCAGGGGUUUUAGGCGGGGGCUCGGGAGGCCUGUCCAGAUGUCACAUUGGCAGCUGUCUAAGGGCUCGGGCGGUCUGGGGGACGGCUAAGGCGGGGGGGCCCCCCUGUAAAUACAGCCCCAGGGUGGUCAGAGGGUCCCAUGCCACCCGUCCUCUGUGACCUCCCCCUUGACCUCCAGCUGACCAUGCAUGCCAGCUGAGUGGCCAGCUGAGUCCUGGACCCUCUCUGGAGUUUGCCUCCCCCACCUGCCCCCCAUCAAUAAAACUGUUUACAACCACCGGC